AUUGUCCACGAAAUUGGCAAGGCAAAAAUGGGCUCCAACAUCAUAAUCCUGGAUCCGGGGAAUGGCAGACGAGAUCGAGGCUCUGCGAGACUUGGUUCGAUGAACCAAUUAGAUCAAACAACCUACACCACACCACAACACACACCUUCGCUGGGUGCAACAAUACAACAACAGGGGAAGAGAAGACUGGGAGAACAACAAAAAAGAAUUCUUUACGAGCCUCGCUCCGGUGCACGGUCAUCAAGUCAGCUCGUUCAACAUUCAAGAGGCAUCGAUGAUAAUAUUCAUUCAUUUGAUCAAACCGCCGACGAUGUCGACGACGGAGACGGAGAUGCAGACGACGAUGGAGACGACUUUCAUUAUGGGCCUGGGUCUGGGUCUGCAGCUCCAGCUCCAGCUCCAACUGCCCCUUCCCCGUGGUUCCCCCAAAGCCCCACCAUCCGCACUCCCCAUCAUCAUGCACCUCCUUCUACUGGGCGGCCGCCCAAACGCAGUCCAAAAAGCAAAGUCAAGAACGGGGGGGGAAAUACGAAAACAUAUUGCCAAAGUAGCAGCAACAGCAAAAGCAACUACGGCAACAUCAUCGGCCAACAACAGCAACACGAGGAAUCUCAACAGCAGCAUUAUGCAUCAUUACACUGAAAGAACGGGGUACACUUGUAACUAGUACUGAGAGCUGAGAAAGGAUCCUUCGGCAG